UGUUUUUGCAUUGCAGGCUCUCGAUUGAUACUCGAGCGCCUUCAUAGCUUACCUUCUUACCACUAUCAUAAUCGACUAAGCCCAUUUUCAAACGUCCAACACAAAACCAAGCCGCAAUGGAAUGCAUGAGAGAUACCUUUAGGGAGGGUGUGACGCUUGGAGGACGUUAUGAAGCUAUCAACCUCCUUAACCAUGGUUCGUUCGGAAUGGUCUUCCUUGCCAAGGACAUCAUCAGCAACGAGCUCGUCGCUGUCAAGUGUAGCGUGAAGGCAGGCUCCGCGGCUGCUGCCGAGUCCGACCUUUCCGUCGACGAGCUUUCGCAGGAGCCCGCCCUCCACCAACAGCUCGGUAGUCACCCACACAUAGUCAACCUCUUGGAUUCUUUCGAGACUGAAUGCCACAACUUCCUCGUUCUUGAGUUCUGCCCCAAUGGAGAUCUCUACGAGGCCAUUCGUCUCGGACGUGGUCCCUUGGAAACCGAUCACGUCAAGACCUUUAUGCUGCAGCUGGUAUCUGCGGUGGAGCACAUGCACUCUAAGGGUGUAUACCACCGCGAUAUCAAGCCGGAGAAUAUUUUCUUGACUCAGGACGGCCAUGUAAAGCUUGGUGACUUUGGUCUUGCGACCACCGAACAGUGGACUGAGGAGAGUGGUGUGGGCAGCGACCGCUACAUGGCUCCCGAGCAGUACGAUGCCAUAGGAGGCUACUCGCCGGAGCAGGCUGAUGUUUGGGCCAUCGGGAUCUGUUUGCUUAACAUUCUCUUUUCCCGCAACCCCUUCACUACCCCGACGGACAGCGACCCUCUCUUCGCCGACUUCUCCUUCGACAGGGAGGCUCUCUUUGACAUCUUCCCAACCCUGUCGUACGACGCCUACGAGGUCCUUCGUUGCUGCUUGCGCAUGAACCCUAAGGAGCGUUCACUGUCUGACCUUCGUGAGAGCAUUGAGCGUGUUGUCAGCUGGACCACUGAUGACGAGAGUCUUGAUGACUUCCUCACUGACGACAGAGACGUCAUCCCUGCGAGCGUCAACCGCGAGCCCCUUCGCACCCCAUCGAUCCAGACCCCGGCGCUCAACGCGGACGGUGCCUUCUCGUGGGCCGAAGCUCUGCACAAGUCUCCCCAGCCUCGCCAGCUCUCUGCCAUCCCGGAUGAGAACGAGAACACUGUUCGUUACACCGAGGACAUGUUCAAGGACAAGCCCGAUGAGUACGCCCAGAACAUGGGCUACUUUGUCGCUCACCCUGCCUCUUACGACUCUGGUCUCGGUGCUUCGUUCUCGUCGGCCCCUGCGACCACCGAGUUCAAGCUUCGCUCCGAUAAGAUCGACAUCAAGACCCGUCCCUCUCCCAUCGCUACCACUACUACUACUUCCACAUUCGAGGCUAGCGUCGCAGCUGCCUCGAUUGCUUCCAAGUCUUGGUCCGAUUGGGUCAUUGAAGAUGAGGAAGAAGAGGAACGUGAACGCAAGGAGAGGGAGCUGGAGCUCAAGCGUAGAAGCUGGAGCUUCGAGUCCGAUCCGGGUUGCUUUGCCGACGAUGACGAGUACGCCGAGGAGUGGGUCGGGGGCGGUUGGGAAGAUCUCUCGCUUUAAUCCUUCGUGGAUGACGACAGCCUUUUCUUUCUUUCUUUCGGUUAUCUUUUCGGUUGGAUUUCUUUCGCCAUCAACAUGCACGCAUUGUUUCUUUCCAUCUUCAACAUUACGAGAGAUUCGAUCUAGCAUUUGGUCA